AGUUUGUUCUGUGAAUGACAUAUAUACAUAACCUUAUAGUAUAAUAGAGAAGUAAUAAUAAAUUCUUUCAAAUAAGAGAUAAAUUAUGGGAGUUACGAUCUUAACACAAUUUCCCACUGAAAAUAAAACUGGAACUCAAGUUCUCGAAAUGCUUUCCAAAAGAAUUUUAGCAUUGGGUUCUUCUCCACAGGGACAUUUUUUAGUGGAUUGUGAAACUUAUACUUCGGUUCCCCAAUUAGGCCAUCAAAGAACUGUACACGUUUUACAUAAUUCGGAACAACCAGCAACAGUGUUUUCUCUACUUGAAACAGGAACCAAAACAAUUCCAUUAGCUACAGACGGUCUGUUUGAUUUAUUAAUGAUGAAAAUGUCCCAUUUUUAUACAUCAAAAAAACUAACCAAAGCUGAAUGUAAGGGUCCAAGAUAUGAAGUAGGAGAUUUUUGUGUGAAACUAGGGACAGUUACAGUGAGCAGUAAUUUCAAAGGUGUUUUAGUUGAAGUUGAAUACAGACCUUGUGUGGUACCUGCAUUGUGUUGGGAUUUAUUAAAAGAGUUCAUACAAGGUUUUUUAGGAUUAUCGGCCCCAUUAAAUCCCCCAAAUUAUUUACAAAACAGGAUGCAAGAUGUAUAUUCACCAAUAGACACUAUACACCAAUAUUUGGAACAUUUUACUGUAUUUAGAAAAUCUUUGGGAGUUAGGCCUUAAUUUUCAUGAUAUUUUGCGAAAAUAUUUGUGGGUUUGUGAUAAAUUAGGCCCACUUGUGAAAAAAAGUUAUCUAAUAUCUUUUUAUAUGUGAAAUUUGAAUAUUGUAUCAAUAUUUAUUUUCUUGACAAAAUGUUAUUUUUAUGAUGAAUUUAAACUAAUAAAUGAAUAAGUAAAUAAGAA